UUCUUUUCGAUCAGCAGACUUACGGAGCAACUUCUGCAGUCCACACUACAAAUCCAAAAUGCGUUUUGUUAUAUUGACCGUUUUGGUGGCAUGUGCCAUGGGCAUGGAAUUCGACUUGAAGAAUCUCCAGGGGAUGCUUGGAGGUCUCGGCGGUAUGGGAAACAUCGGCAACUUGAUGGGACAAGCCAAGAGCAUGAUGGAAGGACUCAACCUGGACGACAUUUCCUCCAUGAUUAAAGACAUCGACCCCGAAGAGCUGAAGGGAAUCAUCGACCACAUGCCGCCACAAAUGAUGGAGAUGGUCGAGGGAAUGGGAAUCUCCAAAGAAGAAAUCAGUGAAGCCGCCACUCACCUGCCAGAGCACGUAGACGAAAUCAAGGGUUUGCUCGGCGAUGCCCAGAACGGAAAUCUCCAGAAACUGAUGAAGUCUGAGCUCCAGAAUAUGGGACUUCAGAUGCCGGAAGAGGAUGAUAUGGGAAGCAUUAUGAGUACUUUGAAAACCCAAGCAAAGGCAAAAAUGAGCGAGUUUGGUCUUGACGUCGAGGACUUCCAAGAUAUCAAAUCUGCCAUGCCCAAACUGAUGUCAUUCAUUCAGAAACAACUGAAGGAACAAGGCGUUGAAAUGAAUACAGAGGACCCAGAAAGUAUGAAAAAACAGCUUGAGAAAAUGCUCUUGGAACAUUUCGAAAUCCCAGAGGACGCUUCCCCAGAAGAGAUGAGGGCCAGAGUCAUGGGCAAGAUGAGGGAAUACAUGGAAGAUCUCGGAAUCGAAUAUACCGAGGAGGACAUGGAAACCCCAGAGAAGGCAAUGAACAUGCUCAAGAAGAAGUUCCUCAACACCGCCAACGGUUACGGAUUUGAAUUUAAAGAUGAUGCUUCUUUCGACGAGAUCAAGGAGGCUGUCAUGAGCAAAGUGAAGAACUCUGGAAUCCUUGAGAACCCCAUGCAGUACCUGCCCAUGCUCAUCAAGGGCUUCAACAGUCUCGGCGGAAUGAAAAUGCUGAUGGGCGAGACCGCACAGCCACAACCCCAAAUGCAGAUGUCUCCUGAACAGAUGAUGAUGAUGCAGCAGCAGCAGCAGAGACAAAUGAUGAUGCAGAGACAAAUGAUGAUGCAGAGGAGGCCAAUGCCCAUGAACAUGAACUUCGAGAUCAACGUUGAUGGCCAGAACUCCUACAGGCCACCAAAUGCCUUCCCUGCCUACCUGAGAGGUGCUGAGGAUGCCCUUAUGCAUGCUUAUGGUGAUGACGAGGAGGUUGUCCGUCACGUGAUGACUGUACAACAAGGAAUUUCCCAAGGCGCUGUUUCCGAGGAGGCCGUCCACGAGCUUCUCUCCGAUCUUAUGCACGCUCGUCUCCAGACCCGUGUCCUUGCUGCCAGGAACCAGAUGUUGGAGCAGCAGGUCAUGCACGAGCAGUUUGAGACUCGUAUCCCAGUCAGCAAGAGUCCCUUCCUUAACCAUAUCCGCCACAAGUGCAGGCACGGCAGGAAAGUCGACCUCGAGUAAAGUCGCCAGCUACCUUAAAUAUGCCGUAUACAUCCGUGCACCUGUCAAACAGCCGUAAUCUGAAGUCGAACGAAACACCAGCGAACAUAAAUAUAUCGCAACCGACUAGAUACAGAUAUCAAGUUACACAUUUCAAUGCUUUGUUAACAUAUACUUAGCCAGAGGAAGAAUAUUUUGGAUUAUAAAUAGUGUAAAACAACGCUAUACAUUGUAGUUAUUUGUUUCCGACAUUGCUAUGGAAGGAGGUCUGAAUAAACUCAAAUCGGCCUUACUCCCGUCUCUUGUUGUUUCUCAUUUGCAUGUGAUAUAUGUUAUGUCUGCUUGAAGUGAUAUAUUUAUUAAUAAAAUAAUAUUUAUGAGUGUU